AGGAGCAAUGGCAGAAGCUCCACAACAACACUUCAAUGGCAGCCAAUAUGCAGCAUGGCUAUCACCAGAUCAAAUAGGUAACAGUAGCAGUGCCCAUAACAUGAAUUAUCCGAAUGUAUUCAACAAUUUCUCAGGCCCUUCUGUUGAGUUUCCUCCUUAUGACACCAUCAACUCCUACAACUAUGUCCCUCCUCCGCCUCCACCUCCUCUUCACGAGCUGCCUCCGAACAGCUACACCCUGCUCGACGUCCCUCCUAGGAGAGCUGCCCAACUGCAACAAAGGGAGUUCGAAAGCUCCUCCGGCUGGGGUUUGGGACGAGGCCAACGUGGUUAUGGCCUCUACAAUGAUCCCAACAAGAGGUGCACUAACUACAACUGCAACACCAAUGAUACUCCUAUGUGGCGCAAAGGACCACUAGGCCCCAAGACAUUAUGUAAUGCCUGUGGUAUCAAGUACCGAAAGGAAGAGGAGAAAAGAAAGACUAAAGAAGGGAGAGACGGGGAGCAACAGUUCGACCUCAAUGAAUAAUUAAUAUUUCCUUCCGUUUUGCAAUUUCGUUUUAGAACUUCUUCUUUUUCCUGCUGAAAACAUUUCCUUCACAGUAUGCGAACAAUUUUACUUUGUUAUUUUGGUUGACUAUGAAUUUAUCUUUGAAUAAAUAUUAGGGAUAAUGGAACUUUAGUCCCUAAAUUUAUCAAUUUUUUUUAUCUUGGUCCUUAAA